CGGAGUUUGCGUACGAGGGCUGGCGAGUGUCCCGGAGGCCUAGAAGAAACCGGAAGCGGAAGUGAACCCGAAGACAACUCUCGCUCGGAGAGCUCCCGUUGUUGUCUCGAAGGAGUAUCGAGAUCCCGGCGCCGCCAUGGUGAGAACGAGGGGCGGAGCCGGCCCGGGGCAAUCCCGGGGGGCGGCCCGGGGGAGGAGGCAGAGCGGGUCCGGGACGAGUUCGGGGGCCUUCCUACAGGACGAGGAGGGUGAAUUUUCUGAUCCCGAGCCGGGGGCUGUUGGAGAAGAGACCAAGUCAGAGAAUGGGGAGAAUGCACCCAUUUACUGCGUCUGCCGAAAGCCUGACAUCAACUGCUUUAUGAUUGGCUGCGACAACUGCAAUGAGUGGUUCCACGGUGACUGCAUCAAGAUUACUGAGAAGAUGGCUAAAGCCAUCCGAGAGUGGUACUGCCUGCAGUGCCGUGAGAAGGACCCAAAGCUGGAGAUUCGAUACCGACACAAAAAACCAUGCCGCGAGCGUGAUGGGGAACAUGAGGCUGAACCCAGGGAUGAUGCAUCCACCCCACGAAAGAAGGCUGCCUCAGAUCUCCUGGUAGAGCCUAUGACGAUCCCCAAGGGCUUCGCCUCUCCCCACAAGGCCCCACCUCCUCCAGCACCAGGACCUGUACGAGAGGUGUCCAACCAGAUCAAACGGUCAGCUCGGAUGUGUGGCGAGUGUGAGGCUUGCCGACGGACUGAGGAUUGUGGCCACUGUGACUUCUGCCGUGACAUGAAAAAAUUUGGGGGCCCCAACAAGAUCCGACAGAAGUGCCGUCUGCGCCAGUGCCAGCUCCGAGCCCGGGAAUCCUAUAAGUAUUUCCCUUCCUCGGUGAGUCUGGCAUCAGCUGUGCAGAAACUUCUUCGUGGCCGAGAAGAACAUUUCCAGCUGUUAAAGGAGCCCCCGGAGGCUGUGGCCACACCCGAGGCACUAUCUGAUGAGGACCUGCCUCUGGACCCUGAACUCUAUCAGGACUUCUGCACCGGCGCCUUUGAUGACCAUACCUUGCCAUGGCUGAGUGACCCUGAGGAUGCCCCUUUCCUGGACCCAGCACUUCGGAAACGCGCAGUGAAAGUAAAACAUGUCAAAAGGCGGGAGAAGAAGUCAGAGAAGAAGAAGGAGGAGAAGUAUAAGCGUCACCGGCAGAAGCAAAGGCACAAGGAUAAGUGGAAACAUGUCGAGCGCACGGAUACCAAGGACCCAACCGCCUUGCCCCAGUGCCUGGGCCCCAGCUGUGUCCAACCUGCCCAGCCAGGCUCCAAAUACUGCUCUGACGAUUGUGGCAUGAAGCUGGCUGCUAAUCGCAUCUAUGAGAUCCUGCCCCAGCGAAUCCAGCAGUGGCAGCAAAGCCCAUGUAUCGCAGAAGAACAUGGAAAGAAGCUUCUGGAGCGGAUCCGAAGGGAGCAGCAGGGGGCUCGCAUGCGCCUGCAGGACAUGGAACGACGCUUCCAUGAGCUUGAGGCCAUCAUCCUCAGGGCCAAGCAACAGGUGGUGCGAGAGGAUGAGGAGAGUAAUGAGGGAGACAGCGAGGACACUGACCUACAGAUCUUCUGUGUCUCUUGUGGCCACCCCAUCAACCCCAAGGUGGCACUGAGGCACAUGGAGCGUUGCUAUGCCAAGUAUGAGAGCCAGACGUCCUUUGGGUCCAUGUACCCCACCAGAAUUGAAGGAGCCACUCGACUGUUCUGCGAUGUCUACAACCCCCAGAGCAAAACAUAUUGCAAGCGUCUGCAGGUUCUGUGUCCUGAGCACUCCAGGGACCCCAAGGUGCCAGCAGAUGAAGUGUGUGGCUGCCCCCUGGUCCGGGAUGUGUUCGAGCUGACGGGGGACUUCUGCCGCCUGCCCAAACGACAGUGCAAUCGGCAUUACUGUUGGGAGAAGCUUCGGCGGGCUGAAGUGGAUCUGGAACGAGUGCGCGUGUGGUACAAGCUGGACGAGCUGUUCGAACAGGAGCGAAAUGUGCGGAUGGCCAUGACCAACCGGGCUGGCCUGCUGGCCCUCAUGCUCCACCAGACCAUCCAGCAUGACCCACUCACCACAGACCUGCGCACCAAUGCUGACCACUGAGCUGCCAGAGCUUCCCUCUAUGGGGAUGGCCUGCCUCCUGCUGUUUCCCCUGCUGGCUUCCGUUCUGCCUGCAUCUCAUCUUCCUCUUUUGGCCACUCACUUGGCCUUCUGCUCCCCCUUUUGGGUGGAGGCCUGUUUGCUUUCGCUGCCAGCCCCCCCUCCCCCCCAUUCUAAUCUUCAUGUUUGGUCACAAUAAAGUUUGUUUGGAAUAA